AUGGUCCGCGCCAUCUUUCUUGCAGAACCGCCGACGCCGACGCCGCUGCUGGCUGGAACCUGCCGAUCCGGACUGGACCGAGCGCGAUGUGAGUGGGUUCUCCGAUUCCGAAGCUUCCGGUUCUGCCGGGCGGCGGCUGACUGGCCGAGCAGGGACACCGCCCUGCCCUCGGCCACCUCCCUCCAACCCGCACUGCCCUCGCCCAAGCAGGGCACCCCCGCCGGCCCCCCCACCCAUCUCUACGCCAGGAUCCCCGAGCGCCAGCGGCUCGCCGACGGCACGCCGGACUACAUCCAGCUCAUCCUCAGCUCGAAGGUCUACGAGGUCGUCAAGGAAACACCGCUCACCCAUGCCGUCAACCUCAGCGACCGCUUCGGAGUGUGGAUCGGGAUGAAGAGAGAGGACCUCCAGCCUGUCUUCAGCUUCAAAGUCACUCCCCUCUCUCCUCCUCUCCCCCACCAUGCCUCAAGCUCACCCCGACCGUCUCUCCCCUCCAUUCCGCUCCAGAUACGCGGCGCGUAUAACUUGAUGGCCCAUCUCCGCCCCGAAGAAAAAGUCAGCGGGGUCAUCGCAUCCAGCGCAGGUGCGUGUCCAAGCGUGCUCCUGAUCGCCGGGAGACUGACCAUCCCCCGCCUGCUGCUCGCCCAAUCAACAACAGGGAAUCAUGCCCAAGGCGUCGCAAUGUCAGCCAAAGCCCUAGGGAUCAAAGCCACCAUCGUCAUGCCUCUGGCCACGCCUUCGAUCAAGUAUCGAAACGUCGGUCGGCUGGGCUCGACGGUCGUCUUGCACGGGAACGAUUUCGACGAGGCCAAGCGAGAAUGUAGCCGACUAGCCUCGGAGAACAAGCUCACCAACAUCCCCCCAUUCGACGACCCACACGUGAUCGCCGGCCAGGGCACCGUCGGGCUCGAGAUCCUCAACCAGCUCGACAUGCACACCUUGGAUGCAAUCUUCGUCUGUGUCGGCGGCGGUGGAUUGCUGGCCGGGAUCGCAGCGUACGUCAAGAAGAUCGGCCCACCCGGGCUCAAGGUGAUCGGCGUUGAGAGCGUCGAUCAGCCCGCGAUGAACCAAAGCUUGGCUAGCUCGGCUCGGCUCACGCUGAACGAAGUGGGCCUGUUCAGUGACGGGACGGCCGUCCGGGUCGUCGAUACCCGAUCGAUCCCUGAGCCGGCUGGUGCCCUCGCCGUAGCUGGAGUCAAACGAUACAUCCAGAAAAACAACCUCAUCGGCUCCGGGAAGCGAUUCGUCUCGAUCGUCAGCGGUGCCAACAUGGACUUCGAUCGGCUCCGCUUCGUCGCCGAACGCGCCGAUCUCGGCGAGCAGAGGGAAGCUUUGCUCAGCGUCAUCGUCCCAGAACAGCCGGGCAGCUUUGUCAAGCUCCACUCUUAUCUCCAUCCACGUCCAGUCACCGAGUUCUCCUACAGAUUCUCGUCAACCUCGCAGGCUUUCAUCUUCGUUUCCUUCCGCCUUUCCUCUCUCUCCUCGGCCACGCUUUCGCCUGGCGAGGCUAGACGACAAGAGAUCGAGGGCAUCUUGCAGGCCGUCUCCGACGAUCCCCUAGGUAUGAAGCCCCGCGACAUCUCGAAUAACGAGAUGGCCAAAAGCCACGCCCGCUAUUUGAUCGGCGGUCGGGUUGCCGUCGAAAAUGAACGGCUGAUAUCGUUUGCCUUUCCUGAGCGCCCUGGGGCACUGAGAAAGUUUUUGGUGGUCUUAAGUGGGGCAGAAUCCGAAUCAACAAAGUUCAACAUCACUCUAUUCCACUACCGGAACCAUGGCGGCGACUUGUCUAAAGUUCUCGCUGGCAUCCAAGUCCCUCCCGCAGAUCAAGACCAUUUCGAAAGCUUCUUAGAAAAACUUGGAUACCCGUUCACCGAUGAAACUGAAAAUGAAGUAUACAAGGAAUUCUUACUGGCCAAAUAG